UCUUCACUCACGAAAUUAACAAAUCGUACUAUGUAAUAUUUUUUCAAUAAUUCACUUUAUGAGAUUAUCUACAUUUCGUAGUUAAAUGCUUUAUUUAGUGUCACCAAAUCAAACAAUUACUUACCGAAAGAACUAAAUUCGCGAACCUAACGUCAUUUUGUUAAUCACUUCUUUGUUAAAAGUUGAAGAUUACAAGAACCGCACUGAAAACUGUCUCGUGAUAACAACAUUUCACGUUUUAGAUCAGUGAAUUUUUUUUUUAUUGCCAACAAAGCCUCAAUGGGGUUGUGUUUCGUGAACGUGUUAAAAAAUUUACUUAAAAGUCGUGACGCCGCCUUAACGUUCAACAUAACGUUAUCAUUCAUACCUUAGUCCUAGUUUGACGUUCGCCUAAUGCGAACAAUCCGUACUCGCGCGUGGUGAACGUAAAAUUUCUAAUUAUGUCGUAAACCGUAUUGAGAAAUAACUGCUCCUCGACAAUGUUCUUGUAACCGGGAUUUAAAUAUUCUCUGAUAUUAAACCCUAUUGUACAUAUUCGUUUGAUUUUUAAGUGAUAAUUUAAAAAGUGUCGGGUUAUACUUGGUUUGUUUUAUUAUUUUAUUUUGAAGAAUACGUUUAAUAAUUAUUGUUUCCAAAUCAAAGGAAAAUGUAUCUUAUAAUCGUUACGGUUAGUUUGUUUUUGGGUAAUGUGUACAAUUUCGUCUUACCCUUCGAAGGAUUGUACAGAUUGGAUGUAAUACAUUACAACGACUUUCAUGCGAGAUUCGAGGAGACUUCGGUAAAUACGCCGAUAUGCAAGUCUAAUGAUAGUGCCUGCCUGGGGGGGUUCCCUAGGCUCUACCACCACAUCCAAACACUGCUAGUGGAAAAGCCACAUUCAAUACUCCUGAACGCGGGUGACAGUUUCCAGGGAACUUUCUGGUAUACGCUGCUCAAAUGGAACGUAACUCAAGAAUUCAUGAAUAUGCUACCUCACGACGCACAUGCCAUAGGUAACCAUGAAUUCGACGACGGGCCAGAAGGUCUUGCGCCAUACUUAUCUGCUCUUAAUGCUCCUGUCGUGGCAGCCAAUUUGGAUGUUUCCAAAGAACCUUCGCUACAAAAUCUAACCAAGCCUCAUAUCGUGAUCGAACGACAAGGCAGGAAGAUUGGAAUCAUUGGCUUGAUAACGACUGAUACCCAGAUACUGUCCUUGCCCGGCAAUGUGAUUUUUACGGAUCCAUUCGAAGCCACGAGGCGGGAAACGGAAGCCUUGAAUGAAAAAGGCGUGGAUAUCAUCAUACUUCUCUCACAUUGCGGUCUUGAAGUUGACAAACAAUUAGCUCGCGAACACGGAAAAUACAUCGAUAUAAUAGUUGGAGGUCAUUCGCAUUCUCUUCUGUGGAAUGGACCAGCGCCCAGUGGGGAGGAAGUCGCGGGGCCCUAUCCAGUAUUCGUCGAAAAUUCUGCUGAUGAAAAACACAAGGUAUUGAUCGUGCAGGCUUCGGCUUUUACAAAAUACAUGGGCAAUUUAUCAGUUUAUUUUGAUUACAAAGGUGACUACGUUCAAUGGGAAGGGGGCCCGGUGUUUUUGAACAGAUCUAUUCCGGAAGAUGAAAAUAUAAAGGCCAAACUAGAACCAUACGCUAAAAUCGUGCACGAUGCUGAAAACGUGCCGAUAGGGAGUAGCAACAAAACAUAUCACUUCGAAGACUGCGUGUACGGUGAAUGCACUGUUGGAGAUUUGCUAGUCGAUGGAUUUGUGGAGUGGGGCAAAACUAAAUCGGGCACCGACAAGGAGUUCUUGUCGCUUAUGCAGCGUGGCAAUAUAAGGGCUUCGAUAAUGGAAGGCGAUAUAACCCAAGGGGCUGUCUUCGAAUUGUUACCUUUCAAUGACAAAAUGAAGACUUUUGAGUUACAAGGGAAGUACAUAUUAGAGGCUCUGGAGAGAGGCGUCAGCGAGGCUUGGGGAUACAAGCCCUUCAAAGGUCCAUGGCUCUUGCAAGUCUCAGGUCUCCGUGUCACAUACAAUAUUACGCUACCAGUAGGUAACAGGGUGACCUCAGUUGUCGUCGGAAAAAACCAGACACCGUUGGAUGUUGAGAAGAUGUAUAAUAUGAUUACUACGUCAUUCCUGUGUGAUGGCGGAGAUGGAUUCACGAUGAUCAAAGACCAUAAGAAGAAUGAAGUCGUGGUGGGCCGUGACCAGCAGGUUUUCCGAGCCUACGUCGAGAAGCACUCACCACUCAGCGUUGAAACUGACGGUCGGAUAGUGAUCAAUGAAUAACCAAAAAAAUAACUCUUAAAUAAAGUUAAUGUAAUUGUUUUCAAAUAAAUGAAUACUGUGUACCUAA